AUGUAUUCUCUUAUUUUUUUAGUCUACAUUUUUCUCCAAGUGGCAUCCCAUCGAUAGACAUCUCCUACUAGUAGAAUCAUUAAAGAAGUGAUUAAUGAAGAACAAUAUUCUACUAAUGUCAAUUCCUCUUUCUUAAUUCAAUUUGCAAAUUACUUUGACAUUAUUGAUAUAUCAUUAUCGUCCUUAAAUUAAGAUAAUUUUAUUAAAGUAACUAAAGAUGAUCCAUAAACUUCUCAUUUAAGUCAUGGAUGUCGACCUUAUGAUAGAGAAAUAUUGUAUAAAAAAUUAUUUCAUUUCAUUCCAUUAUUUGAUAAUGAGACUAUAGAAACUAUCCAAGGGAACAUUAGUUCACUUUACUCAUCUACUUAGAAUAUAUUUAUAGUAAGAAGCGAUCUCAAAUUGAUCAUAAUGAAAUUGUUAUAUGACUAAGAGUUAUAAGAGAUUAUCGAUUUGUAAGACGUAUAACAUAUAAACUUAAAUUCUGUUCUAACUAAAUAGUCUGGAACUUAGUAAAUAUUAGAUCCUGUAAUCAAAUGUUAUGAAUAUAACAUUUAGUUUGUAUAUUGUUAUGUGUUGACAUAACUAGGUACAAUACAUUUUUAAUAUAACUAAGAUGAAAAUAAAAUUUUGAUUGUUAAAAAAGUGACAGUAGAAUUAAGUUCUAAAGUGUUGGAUGUCUAUUUAGAGAAUAAAAAUAGAAUGCUAUUAGUUUUGAGCUAAGGAGAAGUUUAAGUGUUUUAAUCGCUUCUUGAUGGAAGUUUAACUUUAAUUUAAAAAUUGACACCAAUUCAAGAAGCAAAUUUGCUGCAAGUUAAGACUAAUGAAAAUGGAACGCACAUCUUUAUUCUUGAUUAACAAUAUGGCAUUUAUAUAUAUUAAAUUGAUAAAUCGGAUGGUGAAAUAACUCUGAGUGAACAGAACAUUUAGAUUAAAGGGGGCAGAGCAUUUGAUAUUUCUGGAAAUAGAAUGUUUAUUCUGUUGGAAACUGAGGAUGAGCUUCCAUAUGUUUUAGAGUUGUUUUAUGAUUUAGAGAAGAGAGAACAUUAUUUGAAUAAGAUUACAUCGUAUGAGUAAGAGGUAUACGAUUUGUAUGUGAGUGAGAAAUUAACCAUUUUAAUAGGGAAUGAUGUGCACUCAAUAAUUGAAAACUCUAUUUAUCAUAGGUUUUAUGAAAAGGAAAGUGAAAAAGAGUAAUACUUCAAUCAAGUUGACUUAAUUUAGGUGGAUAGCUUGAAUUUGCCUUGGGGUAACUAAAUAAAACUGGGUUAUCCAUUUGAAAGUGGUCUCUUCUCUUCUAUGAAGUUAUUGUAUGAUGAAACAUAUAUGGUGUCCAUUUCAGGGAAGGAAGUUAACGUAUUUGUAUUGAAUUCUGUAUCUCCUUGGGUUUUAUGCAUGGCUGAGAAUACUACAAAAGAAUUUUAUUAAUUGAGAUUGAAGGCAUAGAAAUGUCCAUCCAUGAACUAUGAAAAUGAGAAUCCUUUCAUUAUAUGUGAAUCCAGUAGAAAUUUUAGUUUCUAGGGGUUGGAAAUAUAUUUUUAUGAAGACAAUUCGAAAUUAUUCUUGGCCAUAAUCUUAGGUGUAAUAUUAACAAUAAUUGGGUUAUCGAUUGUGUUGAUGUUUUAUAAAAAUAGAUAUUAAUAACUCAAUAUUUAAGAGGAGUAUGGAAGCGUUGAGAUAACAUAACAGCAGGAAAAUGAACUGAAAACAGAAAAUCUGCCAACAAUAGUAUGA